AUGGGGGCUGAAGAAUGGGAUAAAGUAGAGGAAACGAUCACAACUUCCAAUGAUUUUUUGUAUGGCCCAUGGAUGAUGGCUCCGGGGAGAAAACAACGCCCGGACAAGACAAAAGAAGGAGGUGCUCAGCAAAUAAAGCAGAAUGAGCUUCACAAAAAUCACGAUUUACAGUUCUCCAGAGUGAGUCGAAUGCUGUCGAGGGAACCAGUAAGGACUUUGAGGAAGGGUGUUGCAAGCCCUAGUUUUCUUCAUCAUUUUUGUCAGUGUAUGGUCAACUAUAAUCAUUCCGUAGUAGCGCUACUUGAGCUGCGGAUAAGUGGUCCCCGCGAGAAUGAAGUUAUUCAGUCAUUGGGAUCUUUUAACUCAUUUAGGAUGGAGGCGCAUGGUUUCAGUGAGGUGGUGUAUGCUAGCCCAAUGGUUUCGAUUUGUAAUAAUGUGUGGGAGAGUCUUAGCGAUUUGGAUACGGGGCUAAAUUCUCUGUGGAUAAUGAUGGGUUUCAUGGUCCGCGAUUCACGUGGUCGAUGGGAUCCCUUCAUCAGAGGCUCGAUCGUUUCUUGGCUAAUGAGGAAUGGAUACGAUGUUAUCCAGACUCCAUUGUUCUUCAUCUCGAUAAGCUGGAUCGGACCACCGACCGAUUUUAUUGAGACCUUAUCAGUUGAAAGAGGAGCUGAUAUUAUAGGUUGGAAGGAUUCGCAGAAGAGGGUCUUCACUAUUUCUAGAGCGUACGAGAAGCGUUCGGAGCUGAUUGUUAGGGAGCAGGUUCGUCCAUGGAAUGUUUUAAAAGGGUCUCGUGGACUGCCGAGAGUGAAGGCGCUGUUAUGGAAGCUUUGCCAUGGCCGAGUGUUGUCGAAUGCAAAGAGGAGACAUGUUGUGAAUCGAGAUGUUGUGUGGUCGAAGCCUCUGGGUGGUUGGAUUAAACUGAACACGAAUAGUGCGCGUAAUCCUUCGUCAGGACUCUCUACAUAUGGAGUGCUUCGAGAUGAACACGCUGAAUGGAUUGCGGGGUUUGGUCAAAUCCUUGGUUAUUGCUCAGUCAUUGAUGCGGAGUUGUGGGGCCUCUAUAAGGAUCUGCUAUUGACCUGGAAUAUGAAUCAUCGGAGCAUUAUUGUUGAAUCGGAUAGCAAGGAGGCAAUUGUCGUUCUUCAAGGACAACCCAAAAUUGAUGGUAUUUCUUCGAUGGCAAGUGAUCUUCCAAAAUAUUACGUGGGUACGGGUAUAGGGAAGGGCACCGUUCCGCCCGUUCGCCGUCCGUUCAAGCGAGCAGUGAUAUCCGACCAGCAGAAGCGUAGAGAGCUCUCGCUGCUCCGUCAAGCGCAGAAUCGUUGCAACGCUCAACAUCAAGCUCGCUGCUUGGCCUCAUCUAUUCUCUCGCUCCAGUCUUCAGCACCCGAAUCCGAACCCGAGCAGUCCGACAUCGAAAUCGAAACCGUACCCGAAACCGAAUAUGAAUCAGAAAAUUUGUCGAAAGACCUUGAUGUCCGUCGAGCUUCUACACUUCGAGGACCGGAGGUUCGAAAAUGGUUCGCGAGACAGCUUAUACUCCCUGAGUGGAUGAUCGACGUCCCUGAUCGCUUGAGCCAAGACUGGUAUGUACUUGCAAGGCCAGCUGGAAAGAGAUGUUUCGUGGUUUCAUCAAACGGAACGACUGUCAGCAGACAACUGAACGGCUCCAUUUUGCAUUAUUUCCCGUCGGCUUUACCAGCUGGAGCCAAGACCAGAAAUGGCUCGGGCUCAGCUCAAUCAUACUGUAUCCUGGAUUUUAUUUUCCACGAGUCGGAUCAGACUUACUAUGUGAUUGAUACGGUUUGUUGGAAUGGAUACUCUCUCUAUGAUUGCACUGUUGAGUUUAGAUUCUAUUGGUUGAACUCGAAGCUUGAAGAGAGCUGUGCUUGCAAUGCGCCUUCGCAUUAUCAUAAAUUUAGAUUCAGUGCUGUUUCAGUGUAUAACUGUGAUCAGAGUGGGCUAUAUGCAGCAUACACUGGAGCCGUGCCUUAUGUUAAGGAUGGAUUACUAUUUUAUAACAAGCAUGCACACUAUCAAACUGGAAACACACUAGUAUUGGUCUGGAAAGAUGAGAAUUGUAGUCAAUAUGCUAUUGACACAGAUGGUAAAGGAGAGAUUCCAAGCCAACAACAGGUAGUUUUGGAGCUACAAGAUGAUAGAAAACUGGUAACAUCAGAUGACCCUCCAGUGCUGUUUGGCUGCUUAGAUGGGGAUUUCAUAGAAAAGUCAGGGGUACAAUCAGGGAACCUUUUAAGAUUUGCUAUUGGUGAUGGAGGAUUGAGUUUUGUGGAUGGGAAGCUGGAGAAGGCUGAUUUGAUUUAUCUUGGCAAGUCCAACCGAGCACGUACUUUUGCAGAUAGCUACUCAAAGGUUAUAUUCCAGUUCAUGGUUCGGCAUUCUCCUCUAAAGAUAGAUGAUUUACUAGCAUCUAUUAACUCCCCAGAUGAUCAAGAAAAGAUACCAAGUGACAUAGAAAUGGUUGGUUGACUAUACCUAAUACAAUUAUUCAAGGUUCAAUAUUUGUGUUCCGUGCGUGCUGCUAAUUUUAAGCCCUUUGCCGAGUACAAUGAAGAUGAAUCGCAUGCAUGGUAGCAUGAGAUUGGUGUUUUUGGCGUAAAUUGGUGGGUAUGUAAUUUCACUUGGCUUGGCCAAGGGUAGUUCUUAUGUUGUAGCCACAUUGCUCUCUUUUUUUGCCUAGGAAAAUGUCGAGGAGGAGAUUAUAUCAUACAUAACUGCUGUGCCAGCAUAAGCAGCCCUUUGUGCGUGACCAAAUAUGUAUAGCA